AUGUCUACAUCUCGUAAUACUCAACGCAACAACAACAACAAUGGGUUUUAUAACAACGACGUUGAUUAUGCUGAUGUGACAUUUUCAACUAAUCAUGUAGCUUUUGGUUUAAUAUUAUUACUAAUCUGUUUAUCUAUUGGUAUUCCUCUCGAGUUUCAUCGUUUAUCAUCAUCUGUUCUUCAAAAAUCAUUUGAUUCAUCUUGUUUUGAAUGGAUUUCUGACAAUCAACGAUUAUCUACAACAUAUCAUUGUUCAAAUUCUACACAGAUAAGUAGUUUCGUAUGGACUUAUGAUGGUACUGGCAUAAUGAAAUAUAUUCAAUGGAUAAUAAUACGAAAAUUAGCAAAUAUUAAAAUUACUCGAUUAAAUCAAGAUUGUUAUAUUAUUCAAGAAAAUUAUUUUUCUAUGAAUUUAACAAACGAUAUGUUUAUUCAAAUUUAUAUUAUGUCUCUAUCAGCUAAUUUAGCUGUUAAAUCACAAUCUAAUUAUAAUAUAAAAUAUUUUUUAAAUUAUUUCAUAUCUAUUAAUUUAACAAUUGUUAAUUCUGAAGAUUUAAUUAAAACAAAUUUAAUUGAUUGUGAAAAAAUUUUAAUAAAUUUUAUUUCAUUAUUAGAAAUAAAAAAUAUAAUUCAAUAUGAUUCUUAUCAAUUUAUUGAAGAUUCAACUUGGUGGGAUCAAUCAAAUGUAGCUGAAAUUAUUCUAAAUAUGUCAAUACCAUUUCGUUCAGAAAAUUUUACAUAUUCUAAUGAUUUUUAUUAUUUACAUGGUGAUCGUUCAUUUAUACAAUAUUUAUAUGAUAAUCGUCAAUGUUAUAGUGAAGGUAUAUUUGCUUCAUUCUGA